AUGGAGCCAGAAGUAGAAGAACAAGCUCUUUCGCCGGAGCCUCAGGGUCGCUCCAUCUGCUCCAACUGCGACCGUCCCACGCGCGUCUGUCUCUGUCACGCACUUCCCCUUCCUCCGAUCCCAACCUCCACUCGCAUCCUCAUCGUGCAGCACCCUCACGAGGCUCGACACAAGCUCUCCACCACACCCAUCCUCACGAAGUCCCUCCUCCGCGCCUCCGCCGUCACUGCCCGCCGCCUCCGUCGUGGCAUCUCCCCCCUCCUCGAUGGCUCUCCCUCCACCCUCUACCUCUUCCCCUCCUCCGCAUCGUCCCCAUCCCCCACCCUCCACAUCUCCGCCGUGAGCCCCUCCGCCGACCUCGUCCUCAUCGCCUUCGACGCCACAUGGCAGCACGCGCGCGAGAUGGUGCGGGCUAGCGAGGACUUCCUCUCCCAGUUCGCCACUAGGGUUUGUCUGGGCGUCGAUGAGAGUCUUGGCGGCGGAAGCAUUUACGAUUCCGAGUUGAUUUUGCGGAAGGAACCUUUCGCCGGGUGCGUUAGCACCAUGGAGGCUGUGGCUAGGGCUUUGCGAGUGCUAGAGCCCAAUGGGCCCAUGAUUGAAGAGAAGCUGGUUGGGGUUUUGAGGGAGAUGGUGAGGUUGCAGGCUGGGUUUUUGAAGCCCGUGAAGCCCAGGCCCAAGUUGUUGAAGAAGAAAGGUGAGGGAAAGGAAAAGAGGGAGUGUUCUGAUUAA